AUGGAAAGGAAGUUAGACUUUAAGAUUACGAAAGAUGAUUCCGAAAAUACUUCUACUCCUAGGAAUAGACCUAUUUCUUUAGAGAGAAGAAAGUCUCAACUCAGUAUUGAAUACAGAACCCUUUCAAUUAAACUUGAAGAAUCUCGUACUCAAACUUUAGAAAAUAAAGAAAAGGAUCCAAGAAUAAAAAAAGAACUUGAAAUUGACUUUCAUAAAUUAUCUAUUCAUGAACUUGGUUUACGUUUUAACACUGAUACCUCUUCGGGUCUUACUUCUUCUACCGCUGCUCAAAGAUUACAACGUAAUGGAAAGAAUGUUAUAAGUCCUCCUGAUUCAAAAAUUUUUAAAAAAAUUUUUGGUUACCUGUUUGGUGGUUUCUGUCCUUUAUUAUGGUUUGCUUCCUUAAUUUGUUGGCUCGCCUGGCAACCUCUUGGAAAUCCUCCUGAUAAAACGAAUAUGGGUCUUGCUAUACUUCUCUUAAUCGUUAUCUUCCUUCAAGCUAUUUUUAAUGGUUAUCAAGAUUGGUCUUCCAGUGCUGUUAUGAAAUCAAUUAACAGUAUGUUACCAUCUACUGCUACAGUUAUACGUGAUGGUAAAACUCAAACCGUCCCUCUAUAUACUUUGGUUAUUGGUGACUUGAUUGUUUUAAAACUUGGUACUAAAGUACCUGCUGAUGUUCGUAUAAUACAUCAAGUUGACCUUAAAUUUGAUAAAUCAGUUUUAACUGGUGAGAAUAAACCAAUUGGAGCUAGCGUUGAUAUGACUGAUGAUAUUUACCUUGAAUCACGUAAUAUUGGUCUUAUGGGUACUCUCAUAACUAAUGGUGAAGGUUUAGGUGUAGUUGUAUCCACUGGUGAUCAUACUGUUAUGGGAAAGAUUGCUAAAUUAUCUUCAAACACUCGUCAAGAAAGUUCUAUUUUACAAAAAGAGAUUACUAAAUUUGUUAUAAUAGUUACUAGUUUGGCUAUAACUACCGCUGCAAUAACUCUUAUCAUGUGGGCAACUUGGUUAAGAGUUUCUUAUCCUACUUUUAUUAAUUUACCUGGAGCCCUUGUAAAUGCGAUUGGUGUACUUGUAGCUUAUGUACCUGAAGGUCUUCCAAUUGCUGUGACUUUAACUCUCACUUUGGUUGCUAGAAAAAUGGCGAGACAAAAAGUUUUAGUAAAAAAUUUAACUGUAGUUGAAACUUUGGGAUGUGUAAAUGUUAUUGCAAGUGAUAAGACUGGGACGUUAACUCAAAAUCGAAUGUUUGUGGAUAAAAUUCAUAUCGGUAAUAUUUCAUAUAAUCAAGAACAAUCUCUUCAAGCUAAAAAUUCAAAAUCUUCAGGAUUUUGUCAAUUAGUUUCUGUCGGUCGUCUUUGUAAUGCUGCUUCUUUUGAUCCUAAAACCGCUGAUCUUCCUAUUGAUGAAAGAGUUAUUUUGGGUGAUGGUACUGAUUCUGCUGUCCUUCGAUUUGUUACCAAGUAUGCUGUUGAUAAUUCAGAAAUUGAUAAAUUUGAUAAAAUUGCCGAGAUACCAUUUAAUUCAAAAAACAAGUGGAUGUUACGUGUAAUUAAACCUAAAGACAAUGACAAUGUUUAUGAUACUAAUAAACAUAUCGUGUUAAUUAAAGGUGCUCCUGACGUGUUACUCGGUAGUUGUACGCGUAUUAUGGACCCUGAUGGUACUGAAAGACCACUUGAUGAUAAAGCACGAGAAUCUUUAACAGAUAAACAAGCUGAAUGGAGUGGUGCUGGUACACGUGUCAUCUUACUCUGUCGUCGUAUUAUUACAAAUGAAAGUGAAAUUCCUUCAGAUACUAGUGACUUGGAAGCUCUUGGUCAACUUUCUUAUAAUUUAACUGCCAUUGGACUUAUGGGUAUUCUUGAUCCACCACGACCUGAAAUUCCUGAUGUUAUAAGAACUUGUCGUGGUGCUGGUAUUAGAAUCUUUAUGGUUACCGGUGAUUACUCCUUAACAGCCGCUUCUAUCGCUAAACAAGUUGGCAUCUUUACAGAUUCAGAGAACAGUCUACAUACAGUUACUGAUCUCGAUCAAUUACCUGAUAAAUUAGAAAUCGUUGUCGAACAUAAGGAACCGACUACAAGGGAAAAAAGUCCUAAAAAAGUAAAAUCACUUUUAUUAACCGGAACUGAUGUGGCAACCUUGUCUGAUAAACAAUGGGAUGAAGUUAUCACUUAUGAUGAAAUUGUAUUUGCUCGUACAACUCCUGAACAAAAAUUACGUAUAGUUCAAGAAUUUCAAAACAGAGAUUCAGUCGUUGGUGUAACUGGUGAUGGUGUUAACGAUGCACCUGCAUUGAAAGCUGCUAAUAUUGGUAUUGCAAUGGGAGGUGGAAGUGAAGUAGCAAUAGAAGCUGCGGAUAUGGUACUUUUAGACAAUAACUUUUCAUCAAUAGUGGUUGCCUUAGAAAGUGGUCGUCUAGUUUUUGAUAAUUUAAAGAAAGUCAUUCUAUAUUUAUUACCUGCUGGAUCAUGGUCCGAAUUGAUUCCCGUGCUUGUCAACGUAUUUUUGGGAGUUCCAUUACCAUUAUCAACAUUUUUGAUGAUUUCUAUUUGUGUGUUGACUGAUAUGCUUCCUUCCAUCGCUCUUAUGUAUGAAAAAGCCGAAAAAGAUGUACUUACACGUCCACCUCGAAAUCCAAAAACAUCACAUCUUGUCGACUGGAGAUUACUUGUUCACGCAUACCUCUUUUUAGGAAUGAUUGAAGCAUUCUUCUCACAUGUUAUGUAUUUCCGUUAUAUGCAGCAAUACGGUGGAUUUUCGGCAUCAGAUCUAUUAUUAGCUUUUGAUAAGUGGUCAGAUGGAUAUAAAAAUUAUUCACAAGAUCAAUUAAAUGAAUUUAUGUACACAGGACAAUGCGUAUUAUUUGUUAGUUUAGUUGUCAUGCAAGCUUGUGGAAAUGUUUUUGCAACUCGUACAAGAUAUUUAUCAUUAUUCCAACAUUUACCAGUUAAAAAACAAUCGAAAAAUUAUUAUAUUUUCGCAGCACAAGUUGGAUCUAUUCUUCUUGCUUGCUUCAUAAUAUAUACACCUGGAAUUAAUCAAUCUUUAAAUACUCGUCCUAUCCCUGUGGAAUUUUGGUUCUUCCCUCUUGUUUUUGCAGUUGCUAUUGUGAUUGUUGAUGAAAUUAGGAAAUUUUUCGUUCGUCGGCG